ACAUCAAAUGAUGGAGAUGGAGUGUUUUCAUAUUUGUACUUUCACUUAUUUUCAGUGACCAAUAGCUGUACUUCAAAAGCUUAAAAUCUUGAGAUACAACCAAUCAAUAUAUAAAAUAGCACCGCCUUUAAUAAUAAACUAGUUCUCCAUCGUUUGUUCUUAUUUUGCCACGACGACUUUGUCAGAGUUAACUCCGUGCAAUCGGGCAUAAGCUUUUAAGAAUAUUAAACAAUGAACUUAGAAUAAUUUUUACUAGUUGGUGAUUUGGAUACAGUGAAAAUGGGCAUGGAGAAGUAUAAUGAGGAUGAUAAUUCCGAGUAUCUUUACGGACCGGAGAUUCUUCAAAAGUUGGAUUUUAAUAAAAGUCCAGCUAAGUUUAAUCCACCAAUAAGUGCUGCUAAACCUGGUGAAGAUUGGAUGGUUGUAAGACCUUUACAACGAGCUGAUUAUAAUAAAGGGUUCUUGCAACUGCUCAGUCAGCUUACAAGCACAGGAAAUAUUUCAAGAAAGCAAUUUGAUGAGCGAUUUACCCAAAUGAAGAGUUCAGGUGGAUACUAUGUAACAGUUAUUGAAGACAAGCGUAUUUCGAAAAUCAUCGGUGCAGCCACUCUUACAAUUGAACAAAAAUUUAUACACAAUUGCUCUGUUAGGGGCCGCCUGGAGGAUGUUGUUGUUAACGAUACAUACAGAGGCAAACAGCUGGGCAAAUUAAUUGUAGUUACUGUGUCACUUCUAGCAGAAGAACUGGGAUGUUAUAAGAUGUCACUAGAUUGCAAGGACAAACUUAUAAAAUUCUACGAAAGCCUCGGUUACAAACUGGAGCCCGGAAACUCUAAUGCUAUGAAUAUGCGUUUUGAAGAGCCAUCCUGACAAUUAGCCGCUGGGACAUCCGACCUGCGUUCUAAACUGUAAGUAGGCAUGGACAGUCGAGUGGUCAUCGCAGCAUCACCACUCUCCAAACAUACUUAUCAUCAUUACAUAAUGCUUAGAAUAAAAAGUUUUAUUUGUAAUUGAUUUUAUUGGCGAUAUAUAUGUUUUGUUGUGAUAACCGCUUGUUUGUUCAUGCUCUUGUAGUUGCAGGGUCAAUUAUUUUAUCCAUCAAAGGUAUAUUUUACUGGAGGACUUUAUGGUACUGUAAAACCUGCAUUUGAUGGAGUUAUUGAUUGAUUUUGGAUGUCUUAGCACAUGAUUUUGAUUAGCUUAUAAGAUUUUUUUUGCUCAUCAUAGUAUUCAUAUUUUUGUAUCAUUCAUACUUAAUUAACAUUUGCUUUAUAUUGUGACUUAAUUACUUUGUAGUUUCGAUUAGCAGUAUACAUAUAUUGAUAAAUAUCAUAUUAAAUGUUUUUGCAUUCAA